AUGGCCGUCCCCUCUGCCCCCGAGUCCUCUCUCCUGUCUCUCCUCUACCGUUCGUACCCCACUGCCGUCUCUCCCGACGCCACAGAGCUUGAUCUCCUCCAUGCCUCGUCCAAGAUCUUCCCCGAGACCACCCUCUCCGUCGAGGAUCAGGCCGCAAUCAAGCAAUGGCUUGCCACCAACGCCGGUCUCCAGACUGCCUUGAGCAAGGACGAGAAGUCCGUGGUCGACAGCAUCCUCGCACAGCUCAACACCCACCUGGCUACACGCACGACCCUGCUAGGCACCAAGCCUUCCGUGGCCGACGUUGCGGUCUACGCCCAGCUCGGCCCCCUCGUUGAGAAGUGGACUCCCGAGGAGCGCACCGGAGAGAAGGGAUACCAUCACAUUGUGCGUCACGUCGACUUCGUGCAGAACAGCCGUCUGUUCUCCCUGCAGAUCCCCGAGGAGGAAAAAGUCAAGAUCGACGUGACCGAUGUGCGGUUCGUGCCUAAGCCCGUGGACCCCAAGGAAGAGAAGGAGCGCAAGAAGCGCGAGAAGGCUGCUGCUCAGAACCCGGAGGCUGGUAAGCCCCUCGUUGUUGGACAGGGUAAGCCCGAAAAGGCGGCCAAGGGCCCCGAGGAGGCUGGCGCCGCCGGUGCUCCGCCCAAGACCAACAAGAAGGAGAAGAAAGAGAAGAAAGAGAAGGCCCCCAAGCCUGCCCCGGCGCCCGCUGCUCCCCCGUCCCCCUCGCUCAUCGAUCUCCGUGUGGGCCACAUUCUCCGUGCCAUCAACCACCCCAAUGCGGACUCGCUCUACGUGUCUACCAUCGACUGCGGCGAUGCCCCUGGCACCGACAACACUUCUCUGGAUGAGGCUACGGGUAAGACGGUCCGGACCGUGUGCUCGGGUCUGAACGGCCUCAUCCCCCUGGAGGAGAUGCAGAACCGCAAGAUCGUCGCCGUGUGCAACCUGAAGCCCGUGACCAUGCGUGGCAUCAAGUCCUGUGCGAUGGUUCUGGCCGCGUCGCCCCGUGUGGCCGAGGGCGAGGACUCGCACGCCGGCCCUGUCGAGCUGGUCAACCCCCCCGCCGACGCGCCCGCCGGUACGCGGAUCGGUUUCGAGGGCUGGUUGGAGGGCGAACCCGAGAAGGUGCUCAACCCCAAGAAGAAGGUCUGGGAGACUUUCCAGCCUGGUUUCACCACUACCGAUGACCUGGAGGUUGCCUUCGAGGCGAGCGCCGUCCCCGCCGUGCAGGGCCAGGAGGGUAAGCCGGCCCUGGGCAAGCUGGUUGCCCUGACCGGAGGUGUUUGUACAGUCAAGUCCCUGAAGGGCGCUACCGUUCGGUAA